AUGAUGAUUGGAUAUCCUCGUGAUUUUGAGCUCUUCAACGAUGUCAUUGAUAAGAAAAUUGAAAAGGGCGGACUCAAACAUCUCGGAAGCGGAGGAUUUGGAGAUGUCUUGUUAUACUCCUCAAAAAACAGUGAUGUUGUCAUCAAACGUGUGAAAUCAGGACAAGGAUGCAAAAAUUUGAAGGAAUUCAAAAUUCACGAGCUGCUGAGCAAAGAUGGAAACAAGCACAUAAUCCAGUUGUUUGACGUCCUGAAAACUCAAAAGUUUUUAUUCUUUUACCUGGAAUUUGCCGCUGCUGGUGACUUGGAGCAAAUGAUCAAGGCGAAAGGGAACGCUGUCAUCUACUAUUGCCAAGGAGUACUUCACCCAGAUGAUCGAUGGAAUUCAAUUCAUGCACAGCCUAGGAAUAGUACAUCGAGAUCUGAAGCCAGCGAAUUUAUUUUUGACAUCUGA